UCUGAUAAAUGAGUUAAGGCAACCAAAGUUCUUUCUCCUCCCCCCUACUCAAUACACUGAGAAACAAGCUGUUUGCUAGUGGGAAACAGAACUUUUAAUUUGUUAACCACACAUACUGAGUGCCAGUAGGAUCUGAGAAAUCUGUCAGAAUGCACCGGAUCCUAAAACCUUCCCAAACUUGAAAGCAUUGAUCAUUAGUCACUUAAAGACUUCAAAACACUGUCCUUUAGGAAAACUAUUCCUUUUACAUUCCCACAAUCCUUUGCCAAAAUGAGCCUGUGUAUUUUAAAGAUCAUUACAUCCCAUCUGUUCUGUCAUGGUAGAUUUUAGCAAAUUUGCAAUAGAAAUUGCUGUGGUAUAGAUUUUUCUUAUGCUUCCUAUUUCCAGUUGGAAAUAAAAUCAUUGAAUUAGUAAAUGGUAAUUAAACACUCUCCAAGAAACAUCCAAUACUAAUUAUCACUGGACAGUCGUUACUUGGGAAUUUUUAUGAAAAAAAAAAUAACUUUCUCAGUUAUAGCCUCUUUCUCUCUCUCCACUUUUCCUUCCUCUUUUCCUACAUCCUUCCUUCUUUUUUUUUUCCUUUCUCAUUGCUUAAAAAAAUAAGGAGGAAGUCAGUGCUAAAUUAUUCAUGAGCCUCCUCUGACAGCACAUCAGAAGGGGAUGUGUCAGAGAUUUUAUGGAGGUAGGGAGGAAAAAAAAACAAUAACAGGCUUUAACUUUGAAAAGCCAUUUCCAGUGUCUGUAUACUAGACUCUUGUGAGCCUGGAGUAGCGGAGUUGAGUCGCGAUAGCUUCAUUAGAGCUGCCUGCCAGACUUCCUCUGCAGGAUCCUGCAGCACCAGCAACUGACAGGAGCCUGGGAGAGGGCUUAUGCUUUUAAUAAUGUAGCUGUCAGUUUGAAGCCUGGAAAUAUUGACCCUAAAAGGUUUAUUGCCAAAAUUAGAUCCCAUAUUUAUACUGAAUUAUUACCUCUUCAGUUGAUUUUUGCCCCUUGUUGAAUAUACUAUAUUCUUUGUACUAGGGCAUCAAACUUUGUUAUUUUAAUUUGCAUCUGGGAGAAUGUCUGAGCAAGGAGACCUGAACCAGGCGAUAGUGGAGGAAGGGAGGACUGAGCAGGAGACAGCCGCUCCGGAGAAUGGCAUAGUGAAAUCAGAAAGUCUGGAUGAAGAAGAGAAAUUGGAAUUGCAGAGGCGGCUGGCAGCUCAGAAUCAAGAGAGAAGAAAAUCCAAGUCAGGAGCAGGAAAAGGUAAACUGACUCGAAGUCUAGCCGUCUGUGAGGAGUCAACAGCCAGACCAGGAGCUGAAAGCCUUCAGGAUCAGGAAUCAAUUCAUUUACAGCUUUCCAGUUUUCCCAGCCUGCAAGAGGAGGAUAAAUCUAGGAAAGAUGACUCUGAGAGAGAAAAAGAAAAGGAUAAAAACAAAGAUAAAACCUCUGAAAAACCCAAGAUCAGAAUGUUAUCAAAAGACUGCAGCCAAGAAUACACCGAUUCUACAGGCAUAGACUUACAUGAGUUUCUGAUUAACACUCUAAAGAAUAAUUCCAGGGACAGGAUGAUACUCUUGAAAAUGGAGCAGGAAAUUAUUGAUUUCAUUGGUGACAACAAUAAUCAUUAUAAAAAGUUCCCUCAGAUGUCAUCGUAUCAGAGGAUGCUUGUCCAUCGGGUGGCAGCUUACUUUGGAUUGGAUCAUAAUGUGGAUCAAACAGGAAAAUCUGUCAUUAUCAACAAGACCAGCAGCACCAGAAUACCAGAGCAAAGGUUUUGUGAACAUUUAAAAGAUGAAAAAGGUGAAGAAUCCCAGAAGCGGUUUAUCUUGAAGCGAGAUAACUCUAGUAUUGAUAAAGAAGACAAUCAGCAAAACAGAAUGCAUCCAUUUAGAGAUGACAGACGAAGUAAAUCAAUUGAAGAGAGAGAAGAGGAAUAUCAGAGAGUGAGGGAGAGAAUAUUUGCACACGAUUCAGUUUGCUCCCAGGAAAGCCUUUAUGUGGAAAACAGUAGGCUCUUGGAAGACAGUAACAUAUGCAAUGAGACCUAUAAGAAAAGACAGCUCUUUCGGGGCAACAGAGAUAGCUCAGGGAGAACAUCUGGGAGUCGGCAGAGCAGCUCGGAGAAUGAACUCAAGUGGUCGGACCACCAGAGGGCCUGGAGCAGCACAGAUUCCGACAGCUCCAACCGCAAUCUGAAGCCCACUAUGACCAAGACGGCGAGUUUUGGGGGCAUCACGGUGCUGACCAGGGGUGACAGCACAUCCAGUACCAGAAGUUCUGGGAAGCUGUCCAAAACAGGUAGUUCUGAGUCUUCCAGCAGCGCAGGCUCUUCAGGAUCGCUGUCCCGUACCCAUCCACCUCUCCAGAGCACACCCCUGGUCUCGGGCAUGGCAGCUGGAUCUCCUGGCUGUGUGCCCUACCCAGAGAAUGCAGUGGGGGGCCAGGUCCCUCCCAGCAGCACCAGCUACAUCCUCCUUCCACUUGAAGCUGCAACAGGCAUCCCGCCCGGAAGCAUCCUCCUUAAUCCACACACAGGUCAGCCCUUUGUGAAUCCCGAUGGGACUCCUGCAAUAUACAACCCUCCCGCCAGCCAGCAGCCCCUGCGGAGCACGAUGGUGGGACAAUCCCAGCAGCAGCCUCAGCAGCAGCCUUCUCCGCAGCCUCAGCAGCAGGUGCAGCCACCACAGCCACAGAUGGCAGGCCCUCUGGUCACUCAGUCUGUCCAGGGGCUGCAGGCACCCUCCCAGUCAGUGCAAUAUCCGGCAGUCUCUUUUCCUCCCCAGCAUCUCCUGCCUGUGUCUCCAACGCAGCACUUCCCCAUGAGAGAUGAUGUGGCCACACAGUUCAGCCAGAUGAACCUGAGCCGUCAGUCCUCAGGAGAGACUCCCGAGCCGCCACCGUCUGGUCCUGUCUAUCCGUCCUCCCUCCUGCCACAACCAACCCAGCAGCCCAGCUAUGUCAUCGCCUCUACGGGCCAGCAGCUUUCUACAGGGGGGUUCUCUGGCUCUGGUCCUCCCAUCUCACAGCAAGUUCUUCAGGCCCCUCCCUCCCCACAGGGAUUUGUGCAACAGCCUGCAGCUGCACAGAUGCCUGUCUAUUAUUACCCGUCUGGUCAGUACCCUACCUCAGCCACGCAGCAGUACCGGCCCAUGGCCUCGGUUCAGUACAGUGCUCAGAGGGGUCAGCAGAUGCCACAGGCAGCACAGCAAGCAGGUUAUCAGCCAGUCUUGUCUGGUCAGCAGGGAUUCCAAGGCCUUAUGGGAGUGCAGCAGCCACCACAGAGUCAGAGCGUGAUGAGCAGCCAGCAAGGAACUCCGGUGCAAAGCGUAAUGGUCUCCUACCCAACCAUGUCUUCUUAUCAGGUGCCAAUGACGCAAGGUUCUCAAGGACUGCCCCAGCAGUCCUACCAACAGCCAAUCAUGCUACCUAACCAGGCAGCUCAAGGGUCACUCCCGGCCACUGGAAUGCCUGUUUACUGUAACGUUACACCGCCAAACCCUCAGAACAACCUUAGGCUGAUUGGUCCACACUGCCCCUCCAGCACUGUCCCUGUGAUGUCGGCCAGCUGCAGGACAAAUUGUGCAAGUAUGAGCAAUGCCGGUUGGCAGGUCAAAUUCUGAGAGGUCUGGCUGUGGUUUAUUUCAUCAGCUAUUACUCAUGGCCUUUAAGGGAAGAGGAGCAAGUUGGGAAGACUGGCUGAGGACUUAAGUAUUCACUCAACACUCAAAAGAUUGCUGCUGGUAUUCUGUAAAAAAAUAAACAAAGACUAAUACACAUGUUAGCUGGUUAAUGGUGCAUAUUUCUGUCAUGUCUGCUAGGUAUGCCUUUAUAGCUUAGCUAGUGACAUGAAUUCAUCGAGGUAAGAUUUUCUCCUACCACUGAACACCACUGUGUAGAUUAUAAUAUCCCUCAUUUGGAUUAGUUUUGUACUUUGUGUUGAGUUUGUGAUGCUAAAAGUAUUUAAAAAUUAUAUACUGAAUCACAUUGUACCAAAGCUGUAAUGGAAAAGAAAAGAAGAAUUGAUGAAUGGAAGGAAUAAUUUAUAUACAUUAUAGAGUUUUCUUUUUUUAAUGCAUAUAUACUGUAUUGUAGUGUUUAAUCAAAAUAAAACUAUUUGACCUUAUGGAGGAAGGUCAUGUUUUUACCACCA